CACUGUUCUUCCCAGUCUGUCUGGUAUCGCUUGCCCACUAUGCUCUUCAGAUCCAAGAAGGCGAACCUCUGGUUCUCGUGCCUCAUUCCUUGCACUUGCAUGGCUGUCAAUGGCUAUGAUUCCUCUACGUUCAACGCAGCCCAGGGAUCAGUUCAUUUCAUGAACUACUUCAACAACCCCUCGCCAUCCACUAUCGGCUCAGUCAAUACAGCAAUGGCUGUAAGCAGCAUCAUUACAGGUGUUUUCCUGUCUGCUCUUGUCUCCGAUCGAUUUGGUCGUAAAUGGAGUAUGUGGGCAGGCGCCGUGCUUGUCAUUAUCUCAACGUUUAUCUCGACCUUUACACCUCCGGUCAUCGGCGGUUACAUCGCUGGUCGUGCCAUCACCGGUUUCGGCCAAGGACUGAUGAUGCCAGCUGGACCGGUCUUUAUCAACGAAAUAGCACCGGCCAAGCUUCGGGGUAGUAUCAUGAGUUUCUGGCAGCUUAACUUUGCUAUAGGAUCUUUCGUCGCAUACUGGAUCAACUACGCAUGCUCCAAAAAUGCCGAGAGGCUUGAAGAAUGGGACUGGAAGAUCGUCAUGUUUCUUCAGAUCUUCUUUCCUGUCAUCAUCAUUUCGGGGCUUUUAUUCUGCCCUGAGACUCCAAGAUGGUAUGUCCAGAAUGACAGAUUCGAAGAGGCAUACAAUACCCUCUUGCAAAUCCGCGACGACCCAGACCUCAUUGCUCAAGAGAUGCAAGAUAUACGACAAGCUAUUGCGUUCGAAAAGAAAGAAGGGAACAGCACUUGGGCCCGAUACAAGUUGCUGUGGACAGAUAAGUCUGUCAGAAAGCGCAUUCUCCUCGCGGCUACUAUGAACAUUGGACAACAACUCACCGGAAACAACUCCCUCGCAACAUACUCCACCAUCAUUUACAAAAAGGUCUUUACUUCAAACAGCCAAAUCCAGCUUAUCAACGCCUUAGCUGGAACGUUCAAUAUUCUAUUUACUCUGAACGCCACUUGGAUGACAGACCUCGUGGGCCGAAGACCUCUCCUCCUUGUCGGUGUUGCGGGCCUGGCAGUCUGCAUGUUUUCCGCCGCGGCUGUGGUCACUGAGACACCGACUCUUGAAGAUGGCUCUAAGUCUCCCAGCGUAGGCAUCGCAACUGUCUUCUUGAUGUUUCUGUUCGCGUUCUUCUUCAAGCCUUCUUGGGGUGCGACGGUGUGGAUCUGGACGUCAGAGAUCUUCUCUAUGAACAUUCGUGCGCAGGCCGUCGCUAUGACGACUCAGUGUCAGUCUAUCGCAAGUAUCAUUCUCCAACAAAUCUUCCCCAUAUUUCUUUCGGCCAAGGGAUUCUAUGCUAUGUAUAUGUUCGGUGCUAUCAAUGUCCUCCUGUUUGCAUUUGUUUGGUUUUGUAUCCCAGAGACUAAGGGGGUUCCUCUCGAGCAUAUGGAUGCACUGUUUGGUGGCGCAGACCACGCGGUGGUAGGAGCCGCCAUUGUCAGCGAGAAGACUGUUCAUGAUGAGAUGGUUUCCGUCUAUGGCGCAAAGGCCCCGGCGGUUAGUCAGGCGAAGUAUGACAGUGCUGUUUGAGCGAAUGGACUUUAAGAACUUUAGGCAUAGCAUAGUACACGAUAAACGGUUUCCUCCCAUCUAGGUCAGACUGGGUCAGCAGGUUAUUCAUAUUCAUACGAAGGGUAAUCGUAUGCUUGCAGAUAUUGGAUCGAAAACAAUUAUGAUUUACGCUGUAAAUGAGAUUGAUUUU